GAAAUGUCGAUCUUCAGCAGCUGACGCGUGAAUCGAAGCCACAGUAGGCUCACCCUGGACAACACAUUCUAGUUGGGGCAGAGGGUCUUCAGAAGAAGGACGUCGGUUCGAAAUCUUCUGGCCUCAGGUGGUCGGUGGCGUUUGAAGACCGAGCGAGAAUCGGCAGUGCGAGAAAAGCUUCCAUUGUCUAGGGGAAGGAUACUACUGUGACUGGUCUGAAGAUCACUAAUAAAAAUCUUCAUAUUCAAGAUAAAAAUGUAGAAGACAUAGUUUUGACUCAGAAAGCAGAAAUUAAUACUGUGAAAAAACAACACAAUAUGGGACCACUUCGUCAAAAAAUGCAUGAACUUAAUCAUUUUCCUCAAAGCACACAAUGUACUUAAAAGAUAAUGGACAACUUUAGAGACAUGGAUAAGAUUUUGUGGGACUCGCCUGAGAAUAUGAGAAAACAGAACAAUAGCAUGGAGCUCCAAGUGAGAGAUGCUGAAGGCUUCAUUCUGAUGUCACCUGAGUUGCAAGAUGACUUAAAAUCAACAAUGUCCAGGCUUGAAAAUGCAUGUACUGAAUAUGGCAGCAACACUAGUUCAGAUUUAGUACUUCAGCUUAACUGGAAGAAGCCAGAAACGACAAUAUACCAAGAUGGCAAUGUGAUGGCUUACCUGCAGCAUUCUGGAAUAUUUCCAGAUGUCACUGAACCAGGAAUGAAAGAAAAAGACUUUUUUUCACAACAGUUGAAGAAUGUGCUGAGCAUGGUUUAUGAAGAGAGUUACAAAAUACUGGUUUUGUCAGAAAAACCUCUGCCUAUUGAGAAUGAUAAAAAUGUGCAACAAGCUCCCUCAGAGGUGAAAUGGCAAAGAGAAAAACAAACCUUACUUGAUAUAGUACAAUCACUAAAGGAUUACCUCAACAAAAUAUCGCAUAAAGAAAAACAGGAAAAUUCAUCCUUUUUUGACUGGAGGGGUAAAUUACUUCAAGCAGUUGAAUGCAUAUUAGAAAAGGAGCAAAACACAUUACAAGGCUACUUGCAAUCACAUUUCCACAAUUCUGGAUCUGGAGAUACAGGAGCAUUAGUCAAAAAACUGGAAUAUAUAGUGGAACAACAGGAACAUCAGCAAACACUAGUACUGGAGCAUCUUUUGUCUUCAGACAGGAACAGCCUGCUGGCUGAAAUCCAGGACCUCAAAGCUCAACUGCGACUUACACAUCUUCAAAACCAGGAGAAGCUACAGCAACUCCAGGAAACCCUUAUUGAUACAGAAAAUCAUGGAAGUAAACAAGAACAUCAGCUUCGAAGGCAAGUGGAAUUAUUGGAAUAUAAACUUCAGGAAGAGAAAUUGAUUGCAAGUAAUCUGCAAGAUUCUUUACAAAGUGAACAAGAUAAGGCCUCUAAGAUUCAUGAACUACUGAAAGAAGAACACACUGCAAUAGUGAACUUGAAAUCAGAACUUUGUGAAAGCAAGCAAACAAAUGAGAAACUAGAAAAAGCCUUAGAGGAACUCCAGAAAGAAGUAAUUAAAUACAGAUCUGCACUGGAAAUGAAGGAGAAAGGUAUUACUGCUGUUUUUCAAGACUUGCAGAAUGAACAGCAAGAACUACAAACUAUGUUGGAUGAAAGGCAGCAUCAACAUAAGAUAAGAGAAGAUGAGAGCUCAAGAGCAAUAGAGGAGUUGCAAGCUGCCUUGGAACUACAGUGCAUUCAAAACAACCAGUUGUCUGUGGCUUUAGAGCAUCAACAGUCAGCAAACAUUGAUCUUCAAACCGAACAAUCUCGUUGCGAGGCUUUACUAUGUCAGUAUCAAAAUAAACUGUUGCAACUGCAGAAGAAUAUAGAUGCUGAGAAGAACCACAGCUUAGAACUUUUAAGCGCUUUAAGUCAUGAUCAUGAUUUGACAGAACAGCUGAACAUGAAAAUGAAUGAAUGUGAGUCUUGUAAGCAUAAAAAUGUAUUGCCGAAUCUGCAAGCUCAGUUGUAUAUUGAGAGGUCCUAUGCUAGAGAGCUUUUAGCUGCAAUUGAGAGAACACAGCAACAAGAACUUAAUUCUAAGAAACAAAUGGAUGGAAUGCAAAGGUACUGUGAAGAAACUCAAAAAGAAGAAAACUAUACCAGCUUACAGGUUUCACAGGCCACUCUGCAAAACUUAAAACAGGACAUUAUCCAUGGUUUAAAUAUACACAAGAAGAAAGAGACACAAAUGAAAGAGGAAUGGGAGCAAUUGCACCCAAUUCUUAAGGCACUAAGAGAUCAGGGGAACAGGACAAGACAAGGGAUAAGAGGCAGAAAGUAUGAACAGCAAGUAGACUGCGACAAACUUAAGGAACUGCAGAAAUCUCAAGAAACUCAGGCUAUCCCUGCAUACAUUAUUAACUCCUUACAAGAAUCAGAAGGGAUCACUCGUCUAAAGGAAAAAUCUGUUUUGCAAGCAGCAGAUUUGAAAGCAGCAGAGAAUGAUACAAGAAACACAGAUCGUACAGUAGGAAAGAAGUCAACUAUGGCAUCUUCCAAUCUAAAGAUGCAGAAGUUAUAUAGGAAGUAUUUGAGAGCUGAGAGCUUUAGGAAAGCUCUUGUUUAUCAGAAGAAAUACCUUCUGCUGCUUCUGGGUGGGUUCCAGGAAUGUGAGCAAGCAACGCUGUCACUGAUAGCACGCAUGGGCAUCUAUCCUUCUCCUACCAGUCUGAAUGUGUCUGAAGCACGGAGCCAGUCCUUUACCAGGUUCAGGUCUGCAGUCAGAGUGGUCAUUGCAAUAUCAAGGUUAAAGUUUCUGAUAAGAAAAUGGCAUAAAGUAGGAAGGAAAGAGGUGUCAUCUGAAGCCAAUUCUCCUACCGUUGCAUGCAGCACAUGUGAGAACUUUUGAAGGAAUUCUUUGAAUUUGUUACAAUUUC